AUGGGGAUAACCACUCAAUCCAAAGCCCGACUCUACACCUCCCCAAUCACACGACUCCCCAAGUCUGUCCUCACCAAAAUAUUCAAAUUAUGCGACGAGCCCUACUUCUUUGAAUCCAAGGCCCCAGGAGUCCUCUCUCACGUUUGCAGAUAUUGGCGCCACCUCGCUCUUACCACUCCUGAGCUUUGGACCGUCAUAUCUCUUCGCGUCCCAGCAGAGAAGCUGAGAGGUCAACAGAUCCGGACAGAUACCUUCUCUAGGCGCUCCCAGAAUCUCCCCAUCAGCAUCUACCUCAACGUCUAUAGUCCCACGUUCAGCCACCACGACGUUAGACUUGCCCUCCAGCCUCUUCAGCACCGCGUUCGAGAGCUCACAGUCCGCGCGUGCCCCAAAAUCUGCGCUGAGCAGGUCUUUGCGGCUCUCCAAGGAAACGUCCCUCAACGAUAUCCUCUUCUUGAACUGUUUGACCUGCGGAUCCAGGAUGGAAUGCAGUUUUCGUUUUCUAGGAAGGUUUCUUCCGGAGUCUUGUGCCCACAUAUUUCCUUUCCAUUCGGUAACAGCGUCGUUUGGUCCACUUGGAUUGCCGGUAAUCUCACCCAUCUCACCCUCAAAUACACCUCAUGCGUGCAAGGGACUCAAUUUCCCAUUCGCGUUCUUCGCGACAUUCUUUCCGCCAACAAAAGGACUUUACAGCACCUCGAGAUUUACGAUUCCCCGUUGAACGCCAUAGAGCAAAACGACGAUGACGACGCUUUGCUUCUCCCCGUCCUUCUCCCCAAGCUCCAAUCGCUCUCUAUCGGCUACACCCGCGCCGCGUCUCUAGUCUCCAUCACCGACUCACUCCACGCCCCAAAUCUGGAAUCGCUCUCUGUCCGGGACUAUGGUCGUUGCCCUGACGCAUCGACGCCCACUGUGCUCUGUGGAACUCGGUGUUUCAGGGACGACAGAGACGGAGUUCUCGACCUCCUCACCUCGCUCAGCCGUUUCACCAAUAUAUCCACCCUCAGCUUGCACGGUGUCACUCCCAAGCCCUAUGCCUUGCGACCAGAUUGCCCAGUUUUGGACAGCUUUCGACUUGAUUCUCUGACACUCAUUCAUUCUGAUAACGUUUUCGACUGUCUUUUCCACCCCAUUUCCACGCCCAACACGACUGACUCCGACGAGCCCUACCUGACGCUCACCGGCACCUCUCUCUCCCAACUCACCCUCACCAGCCUAUGGCACUCCCCAUUCUCCACGUAUCUUGAGCUUCGACUCGAAGCCGAUCUUCCACCUUUGGACAAGCUGGUCAUCAGCCCGGGCAGCAUUCACAGCGAUUUUCUGACGACUCCAGAGUCACUUUGGCCAGACCUCAUUAAUGAGGCAGGUGGAGAUAUUGCGAAGAGGCUGGACUGGAUCGAGCGGGCUGCUUAUACCGUCAGACUGAUCCCUCAGCCUCUGGACGGCGUGAGGGAGAACUUGAAGGAAUGCGAUCCGUCUGGAUGGGAAGAUGCCUGGGACCUUCUGCCGUUGGUCUGGUGGUCAGAGUCAACGCCUCGAUGA